GGCUUCGCGGACGUGUUGGGGCGGCGGGUCCGAGCCCGGCGUGCGCGGAGGCUGGGCGGGCAGCCCGAGCGGCGGCACGGCGCAGAGCGUGAGCUGAGCCCGGCCGGCUGUGCCGCGCCGCCGCCGGCGCUCCCGGGAAGAUGGUCGUGGCGCUGCGGUACGUGUGGCCUCUCCUCCUCUGCAGCCCCUGCCUGCUCAUCCAGAUUCCCGACGAAUAUGAAGGACACCAUGUGAUGGAGCCACCUGUCAUCACAGAACAGUCUCCACGGCGCCUGGUUGUCUUCCCCACAGAUGACAUCAGCCUCAAGUGUGAGGCUAGAGGCAAACCUGAAGUACAGUUUCGCUGGACAAAGGAUGGCAUUCACUUCAAACCCAAGGAAGAAGUGGGUGUGACUGUGCACGAGGCACCCCACUCUGGCUCCUUCACCAUCGCAGGCAACAACAGCUUUGCCCAGAGGUUCCAGGGCAUCUACCGCUGCUUUGCCAGCAAUAAGCUGGGCACUGCCAUGUCCCACGAGAUCCAGCUCAUGGCUGAGGGUGCCCCCAAGUGGCCAAAGGAGACAGUGAAACCCGUGGAGGUGGAGGAAGGGGAGUCAGUGGUUCUGCCUUGCAACCCUCCACCCAGUGCAGAGCCACUCAGGAUCUACUGGAUGAACAGCAAGAUUUUGCACAUCAAGCAGGAUGAGCGUGUGACAAUGGGCCAGAAUGGCAACCUCUACUUUGCCAAUGUGCUCACUUCAGACAACCACUCAGACUACAUCUGCAAUGCUCACUUCCUGGGUACCCGGACCAUCAUUCAAAAGGAGCCCAUUGACCUCCGGGUCAAGGCCACCAACAGCAUGAUUGACAGGAAGCCACGUCUGCUCUUCCCCAGCAACUCCAGCAGUGACCUGGUAGCCUUGCAGGGGCAGCCCUUGGUGCUGGAGUGCAUUGCUGAGGGCUUCCCCACUCCCACCAUCAAGUGGCUACGCCCCGGUGUCCCCAUGCCAGCAGACCGUGUCACUUACCAGAACCACAACAAGACCCUGCAGCUGCUGAAUGUGGGAGAGCAGGACGAUGGCCAGUAUCACUGUCUGGCUGAGAACUCGCUGGGCAGUGCCCGCCAUAUCUACCGAGUCAAGGUGGAGGCUGCCCCAUACUGGCUGCACAAGCCCCAGAGUCGUUUGUAUGGGCCAGGAGAGACUGCCCGCUUGGACUGCCAAGUCCAGGGCAGGCCCCAACCAGAGGUCACCUGGAGAAUCAAUGGGAUCUCUGUGGAGGAGGUGGCCAAGGACCAGAGGUACAAGAUCGAUCAGGGAACUCUGAUCCUGAGCAACGUGCAACCCAGUGACACCAUGGUGACCCAGUGUGAGGCCCGCAACCAGCAUGGCCUCCUGCUGGCCAAUGCUUACAUCUAUGUUGUCCAGCUACCAGCCACAAUCCUGACAGGAGACAACCAGACAUACCUGGCAGUUGAGGGCAGCACUGCCUACCUGCUGUGCAAGGCCUUUGGAGCCCCCGUGCCCAGUGUCCAGUGGCUGGAUGAGGAAGGGACCACAGUACUCCAGGAUGAACGCUUCUUCCCCUAUGCCAACGGGACCCUGGGCAUCCGAGACCUCCAGGCCAAUGACACUGGACACUAUUUCUGCCAGGCUGCCAAUGACCAGAACAAUGUGACCAUUGUGGCUAACCUGCAUGUUAAAGGUCAGACAAUAUCAAUACAGGGGCCCCGGAAUGCAAUUGAGAAGAAAGGCUCAAGGGUGACCUUCACAUGCCAGGCCUCCUUUGACUCCUCCUUGCAGCCUAGCACCACCUGGCGCAGGGAUGGGCGAGACCUCCAGGAACUUGGAGACAGUGAUAAGUACUUCAUAGAGCAUGGGCACCUAGUCAUCCACAGCUUGGACUACAGUGACCAGGGCAACUACAGCUGUGUGGCCAGCACUGAGCUGGAUGAGGUGGAGAGCAGGGCACAGCUCUUGGUGGUGGGGAGCCCUGGGCCGGUGCCUCGGCUUGAGCUGUCCGAUCGUCACCUGCUGAAGCAGAGCCAGGUGCACCUGUCCUGGAGCCCUGCUGAAGACCACAACGCUCCCAUUGAGAAAUAUGACAUUGAAUUUGAGGACAAGGAAAUGGCGCCUGAGAAAUGGUUCAGUCUGGGCAAGGUGCCAGGGAACCAGACCUCUACCACCCUCAAGCUGUCACCCUAUAUCCACUACACCUUUAGGGUCACUGCCAUCAACAAAUAUGGCCCUGGGGAGCCCAGUCCGACCUCUGAGACUGUGGUCACACCUGAGGCAGCCCCAGAGAAGAACCCUGUGGACGUGAAAGGGGAAGGCAAUGAGACUAACAACAUGGUCAUCACAUGGAAGCCCCUCCGGUGGAUGGAUUGGAAUGCCCCUGAGGUUCAGUACCGUGUGCAGUGGCGCCCACAGGGCACGCGAGGGACCUGGCAGGAACAGAUUGUGAGCGACCCCUUCCUGGUGGUGUCCAACACAUCUACGUUCGUGCCCUACGAGAUCAAAGUUCAGGCAGUCAACAGCCAGGGCAAGGGCCCUGAGCCACAGGUCACCAUUGGCUAUUCGGGAGAGGACUACCCCCAGGCAAGCCCUGACCUGGAAGGCAUCAAGAUCCUCAACUCAAGCACUGUGCUGGUCAAGUGGUGGCCUGUGGACUUGGCCCAAGUCAAAGGUCAUCUCCGGGGAUACAAUGUAACGUACUGGUGGGAGGGCAGUCAGAAGAAGCACAAGAGACAUGUCCACAAAAGCCACGUGGUGGUGCCUGCGAACACCACCAGUGCCAUCCUCAGUGGCCUACGGCCCUACAGCAACUACCAUCUGGAGGUGCAGGCCUUCAACAGGAGGGGACUAGGGCCUGCGAGUGAGUUCACCUUCAGCACCCCAGAGGGAGUGCCCGGCCACCCUGAGGCAUUGCACCUGGAGUGCCAGUCGGACACCAGCCUGCUGCUACACUGGCAGCCCCCACUCAGCCACAAUGGCGUGCUCACCGGCUAUGUGCUCUCCUACCAUGCCUUGGACGAGGGAGGCAAGGAGCAAGAGUCCCUCCACCUUCCAGACCCAGAACUUCGGACACACAACCUGACCAACCUCAGUCCCAAUCUGCGGUACCGCUUCCAGCUUCAGGCCACCACAAAGGAGGGUCCUGGCGAGGCCAUUGUGCGGGAAGGAGGCACCAUGACUUUGUCUGGGAAGCCAGAUUUUGGCAACAUCUCAGCCACAGCAGGUGAAAACUUCAGUGUCAUCUCCUGGGUUCCCAGGGAGGGUCAGUGCAAUUUUGGAUUCCACAUCUUGUUCAAAGCUCUGGCAGAGGGGAAUAUGGGCCCUAACCUCGAGCCGCAGUAUGUCAGCUACAACCAAAGCUCCUACACACAGAGCGGCCUGCAGCCUGACACUGAGUAUGAGAUCCGCCUGAUGAAGGAGAGGGUGGUCCUGCGUCAGAUGGCUGUGAAGACCAAUGGGACUGGCCGUGUGAGGCUCCCUCCUACUGGCUUCGCCACAGAGGGCUGGUUCAUUGGCUUUGUCAGCGCCGUCAUUCUCUUGCUACUAAUUCUGCUCAUCCUCUGCUUUAUCAAGCGCAGCAAGGGCGGCAAAUACUCAGUGAAGGACAAGGAGGACACCCAAGUGGACUCUGAGGCCCGGCCGAUGAAAGAUGAGACCUUUGGCGAGUACAGUGACAAUGAGGAAAAGGCCUUUGGCAGCAGCCAGCCAUCUCUCAAUGGAGACAUCAAGCCCUUGGGCAGUGAUGACAGCCUGGCAGAUUAUGGGGGCAGUGUGGAUGUGCAGUUCAACGAGGACGGCUCCUUCAUCGGCCAGUACAGCGGCAAGAAAGAGAAGGAGGCAGCAGGAGGCAAUGACAGCUCAGGGGCCACCUCCCCCAUCAAUCCUGCUGUGGCUCUAGAAUAGCGAGUUCCAGCCAGGUGAGGCAGGCCACGCUCUGCCCAGGGCCAGAGGUGCAGGAGAGCCAGUGGCCAAGAAACCCCAGCCCAACGCCUGUGCUGUGCCGCUGACCUUGGGAUCGAGGUCCCUCUC